AUGAUGCUUGGCGACAACCUGCAGCUAGCAGCCGUUAUCCAAAUCUACGAGGCAAUCAUCUGUAACGACUAUUACCAGACGCAGUCGUUGCCUUCUAUGCAAGUGUCAGUGUCAAACAUCACCUCCCCAAUCCCGUCGCUUGGCCAUCAAUGUCAAGUCCAGCCUGUGCAAAAGGAGCUUGUUCUGCGGAGCACAUUAGGCGAAGACGGUGCUAUCCUCCGCGGUGCUGGCAUCCUUGCCGCGCUUUCCUGGAUCAUGGCUGUAUGCUCCUGGCGAUUCGCUCCGAUCCGCUGGGUUCUGUUCUCGGGAAUGUUCCUCUUCAUUGGCGGCGGCGACGCCGUCACCUCAAGCAUGCUCCAUGUCAUGGUUACUGACGCUACCUACCGGGCCGAACGUGCGCAAAUCUUCUUGCAUGUCCACGCGGCCGACGUGCUUUCGGGCUUCUUUGGGCCUGCAAUCAGCGCCUGGUUGAUGGAAAAGGGGCAUCCCUGGACCGUCCUCGUACUGGCUGAAGUCGUGCUCUUUGGCACUUUUAUACUUGCCCAAUUCAUCCCAGAAACACAGCACUUGACAAACGGGACCUACGAUAACCCAUCUGAUGUUGAUUCAACAUGUCAACAACCCAAAACCUCAUCUUCACAACGCUCUACUACAUCGUCAGAGUCCACCAGCGAGACAAUUUCUUUGCUCCUCAAAAUCUCCAGCAUACUAGCUCCUCUUGUUAGCUUGCUGAGAACAAAUCGACAAUGCCUGUUGCUCCUUGCCAUAUUCGCCCCUCAGGCCUCAGCCCGAGAGCUCUUUACCGUAACAGGCCUACAAUACUCCAAAGCAAAGUAUUCCCUCUCUUGCGCUCGCGGUAACGUACUACUCUCCCUUUUUCAAGGUGCGCAAGGCCUGUUCGUACUAGUGCUCCUCCCCUUGAUCAACCGUACCAUUGCUAAGCUGCGCGGCUGGACCGACUGGACUCGCGACCGCCUAUACGCCAUCGCGUCCAUCGCCGCGGCGGCAUUAGGCCCGAUGGUAAUCGGCCCUGCACCAGUUUUGGCCGUCGUGGUUAUCGGGCUCCUUGGUGGCGCUCGGCAUCUGCACAACGGGGUUGUUAAUGAGUUUGUUGGGCGGAGUCGUGCGCCCGAACCAGGUGAGCACGGUCUAUAG